AUGGAAGAAGAAAAGAAUCGCCGACGGUCAAAGUCGAGAAAGACAGCCACACCCCGUCGUCAUGAAACAGUCGUUGCUGGAAGUCACAGUUGCAGCAGAUCAAGAGGCCGCAUAGUUUCUCGAUCACCAAACAUGCGUAGGGCGAGAUGCCGCCGGUCACGUUCGAGAGGUUCAAGGCACUCCAGAUCCACUUCGAGACGGAAGUCACGUGAGCAUUUGAGAUGUAUUCAUUCUAAGGAUCAAAGAAAGUCGUCUGUUGAUAGAUCCAGAUCAAGGAUAACAAAGUCUCGUUCGCCGAUUCCUAAUACUUCACCUAGAUAUAAUAAUAGUAAUGUUGAGGAUAUUCAAAAUGUGUUUUUCAAGAAAUUUUUUGAUGUAAUAGUUAAUAUGAAGCCGAAUAGCGACAAUGACAGGUUCCCAGUCUUAAAUGUCGUACCAGAAUUUGAUCCUUUGAAUAAGGGUCAGACAGUAGAGUCGUGGAUACAUAAGGUUGACGAAUGUGCUCAGAUUUAUGGUUGGAACGACAGACAGAUAGUACACUACGCGAUGCCUAAGCUUAACGGUAUUGCUAAAACUUGGUAUCAAGGAUUACCUUCUCUUCUCCAUUCUUGGUCUGAAUGGAAAAUAAAACUUCGCGAGUCAUUUCCAGCAAGAGAAAACUACGCAGAAUUAUUAACCGAAAUGCUAAAUAAGCGUGCUCGUUAUGGGGAAUCCUUAGACUUGUACUAUUACACAAAAAUGAAUCUUCUAAACAGAUGCGAAAUAACGGGCAGGCGUGCAGUAGAUUGUCUUCUUGCUGGUAUUGAUGAUCGUAAUGUACGCGUUGGUGGGCAAAGUGCUGAGUUUAAAGAGCCCGAACAAGUACUAAAUUUCUUUAAAUCUGUCAAAGUAGGAAAUGACAAAAUAAAUGACUCUGCUAAGAUUACGGACAGGGAGAAACGGAUUCACUCUUCUAUUAACAAUGAUAAAAUGCCAAAUAUCUCUCAAGGCCAAAAAACUCAGCUUGGCAUUACUUGUUACAACUGUAACGAACGGGGUCACCCGUUUUUCCGUUGUCCCAAACCAAAACUGCAUUGUUCUAAUUGCAAAUUAUUGGGUCAUUUAGCUCCCGAUUGUCCAAAGUUGAAGCAGGGUGCUGUCACGGACAAUAAUUCUGAGCUUAACGGAUUAAUUCUUAAAAGGGACAUUAGGUAG